UAGAAAGAUCUGGUACCCCGGGGCCCGCAUCAUCCGGAUCGCAGGCAGUCUGAAGUCUCCUCGUGGCCCAGCGUCCUCCACUCCCGAGUCCUCGCCGGACCGUGGCGGGGCGCCGAUCGCCUUGUUCAGGAAGCGAGGAACAUCAGAGAGGAAACUGACCUGAUCACCCAGGCCAAACUUGGGUCUUCCAGUCUUGUAGUUGAUUGCACUGCAGAAUACAUCCAGCUCCGGGACACGAGGGCCUCUUCGAACAUCCACAUACAUUUUUGAGCCCUCUUCUAGCUGGAUCUUCCGGCUUCUGUGUCUUCACUCCCGCGCCCUGUUCUCCAGGCAGCCCCACUUAAGGUAGAAGAUGAACAAGCCUUUGACACCAUCAACAUAUGUACGCAGCCUCAAUGUUGGCAUCCUUCGGAAGCUGUCGGAUUUUAUUGAUCCCCAAGAAGGAUGGAAGAAAUUAGCAGUAGCUAUCAAAAAGCCAUCUGGUGAUGACAGAUACAAUCAGUUUCAUAUAAGGAGAUUCGAAGCCUUACUUCAGACCGGAAAGAGCCCCACUUGUGAACUGCUGUUUGACUGGGGCACCACAAACUGCACAGUGGGCGACCUUGUGGAUCUUCUGAUCCAGAUUGAGCUGUUUGCUCCUGCCAGUCUCCUGCUGCCGGAUGCUGUUCCCCAUACCGUCAACACUCUACCUCUUAAAGAAGCGGCAACAGUGGCACAGACACACAGGCCUUGCCAUGAAAAGGACAGCACACCCAUAAUGCCUAUACCAAAGCUAGAACACAGCUGUGAGCCACCCGACUCCUCAAGUCCAGACAAUAAAAGUUUAGAAUUCAGCGAUACUCGGUUUCACAGUUUUUCAUUUUAUGAACUGAAGAGCAUCACAAAUAACUUCGAUGAGCGGCCUGUGUCUGUCGGCGGCAACCGAAUGGGAGAGGGGGGAUUCGGAGUGGUGUACAAGGGUUGUGUGAGCAACAGGACCGUAGCGGUGAAGAAGCUCGGAGCGAUGGUUGAAAUCAGUACUGAAGAACUAAAGCAACAGUUUGAUCAAGAAAUUAAAGUAAUGGCAAAGUGUCAGCACGAAAACCUGGUGGAGCUGCUUGGCUUCUCUAGUGACAGCGACAACCUGUGCUUAGUGUAUGCUUACAUGCCCAAUGGUUCCUUGCUAGACAGACUGUCCUGCCUGGAUGGUACUCCACCACUCUCCUGGCACAUGAGAUGCAAGAUUGCUCAGGGUGCAGCAAAUGGCAUCAGUUUUUUACAUGAAAAUCAUCACAUUCAUAGAGAUAUUAAAAGUGCAAAUAUCUUACUAGACAAAGACUUUACUGCGAAAAUAUCUGACUUUGGGCUUGCACGGGCGUCAGCGAAGCUCGCACAGACAGUCAUGACUAGCAGAAUUGUGGGCACAACGGCUUAUAUGGCACCUGAAGCUUUGCGAGGAGAAAUAACACCCAAAUCUGACAUCUACAGCUUCGGUGUGGUUUUGUUAGAGCUGAUAACCGGACUUGCGGCUGUGGAUGAAAACCGUGAACCUCAACUACUACUGGAUAUUAAAGAAGAGAUUGAAGAUGAAGAGAAGACGAUUGAAGAUUAUACCGACGAGAAGAUGAGCGACGCAGACCCUGCUUCCGUAGAAGCGAUGUACUCUGCCGCUAGUCAGUGUCUGCACGAGAAGAAAAACAGACGGCCAGACAUUGCAAAGGUUCAGCAGCUGCUACAAGAGGUGUCCGCUUAAAACUAAUGAAGUAAACAUCUUUUUUUUUUAACCUGAAGACCAGAAAAGCUCUUUGACACUGAGCUACUUCACCUGCCUGUUGUUUUCGUUUGUUUUUGUUUUCCUAAAUGCGCUUUAUCUUUACCAAGGCAGCAUGGCGCAAAGUACUGAUUAGCCGAUGGAUGUGUUGGCAAAAGUGAUGGUUGCGUGAUAGCGCUUGGACCCGCCUACCUAGUAUGGCGCUCAUUUUCCACAGCAACAUCACCAAACUCCAGUGAACUCCAGAGUCAGAAAGCAGCACUGUACUAUGCAGAAACACUAGGAUUGUUUGGGGGAUAGAGGGAGUGAGACAGGGUUCCUUUGUGUAUCCCUGGAUGUCCUGGAACGUGCUCUGUAGACCAGGCUGGCCUUGAACUCAGCAAUCUGCCUGUCUCUGUCUACUUUGUGUUGAGAUUAAAGGUAUGUGCCACCACCGUCCAGCCUGGGAUCCUGGUUUGAAGCUCAGCAGACCCCACUAGUAAUUUCCUGUAAAGCUUCGGACCAGCUCUCAGCUACCUUAAGCCUUAGUUUUGGUUUUUGUCUUUUGUUAUGGACUUCAUGCUCCUGUAAAUAGCUCCUCACCUAGGUUUCUGUGAGGAACCUCUCCCCACUGUUUCUGUCACCCUAACUAAAAGUCAACAAUGUAGACACGAGUGGAA